AUGCCGGAAAAAUACGGCAUUAGGAACUCUUUCCGACAACUGCCUCUGUUUAGAUUUUGUCAAAACUGCUCAAUGGUUGAAGCAUACCAGAAAGAAGAUUCUAGCUAUGAUAAGGUCAAAACGAUUACCAGGAAAAAAAAUCUUUCGAAAUUCAGAGUCAAAAGUGACAUACGUAGACCUUAUGGACAUAAAAACAUCGAUUGUAGAUUUAGGGACAAUCAGAAUAGAGAUCAGAAUCGAGAAAAUACGAAAACACCUCCUGCAGCAGUAGAUAAAUAUUUCUUGUGCUGUCUACAAAAAGCAAAGAGGCCAGCAGAACUGAUACACAGUGAUGAAUUUGGGCUGAUGAAUCCAGCCUGCUUUGAUAGAAAAAGUAGUGAUCAGCAAAUGCAAGACCAAUACCAAGACCGGGCUAGUCUUGGUCUUGGUCUUGGUCUUGCAUAUGCGGUCUUGGUCUUGCAGUCUGAUAAGUGGUCUUGGUCUUGGUCUUGGUCUUGCAGGGUCCAGUCUUGGUCUUGGUCUUGGUCUUGCAGCAAGACUCUUGCAAGUCUUACAUUUAUUUUUUAG